GGCGCGCGGACGCGGCGUCGGGCAUGAAGGAGGAUGGAAGGGCAGGACGAGGUGUCGGCGCGGGAGCAGCACUUCCACAGCCAAGUGCGGGAGUCCACGAUAUGUUUCCUUAUUUUUGCCAUUCUCUACAUUGUUUCCUACUUCAUCAUCACCAGAUACAAGAGAAAAUCAGAUGAACAAGAAGAUGAAGAUGCCAUAGUCAACAGGAUCUCAUUGUUUCUGAGCACCUUCACCCUAGCCGUUUCAGCUGGAACUGUUUUGCUGUUACCCUUCUCAAUCAUCAGCAAUGAGAUCCUGCUUUCUUUUCCUCAAAACUACUAUAUUCAGUGGCUUAACGGCUCCCUGAUUCAUGGCCUGUGGAAUCUUGCUUCGCUCUUUUCCAACCUUUGUUUAUUUGUGUUGAUGCCCUUUGCUUUUUUCUUUCUGGAAUCAGAAGGUUUUGCUGGCCUGAAGAAGGGGAUCCGAGCCCGUGUUCUGGAGACCCUGGUCAUGCUGCUGCUGCUCGCGCUGCUGACCCUGGGGAUGGUGUGGGUGGCGUCGGCGCUCCUCGACCAGGACGCGGCCAGCAUGGAGUCCUUGUACGAUCUCUGGGAGUUCUACCUACCCUAUUUAUAUUCCUGUAUAUCAUUGAUGGGAUGUUUGUUACUCCUCUUGUGCACACCGGUCGGUCUGUCCCGCAUGUUCACCGUGAUGGGGCAGUUGCUGGUGAAGCCAACUAUUCUUGAAGACCUGGAUGAGCAAAUUUAUAUUAUUACCCUGGAAGAAGAAGCACUCCAGAGACGACUCCAUGGGCUGGCUUCACCAGUGGAAUUCAACAUAACAGAGCUGAAACAAGAACUUGAUAAUGUAAAGAUUCUGAAGGCAAAAUUAGAGAGACGCAAAAAGGCUUCAGCAUGGGAAAGAAACCUGGUGUAUCCUGCUGUUAUGGUUCUCCUCCUCAUUGAGACCUCCAUCUCGGUCCUCCUGGUGGCUUGCAACAUUCUCUGCCUGUUGGUUGAUGAAACGGCAAUGCCAAAGGGAGCGAGGGGUCCUGGAAUAGGAAAUGCCUCUCUCUCCACUUUUGGUUUUGUGGGAGCCGCACUUGAAAUCAUUUUGAUUUUCUAUCUCCUGGUGUCUUCUGUCGUUGGUUUCUAUAGCCUCCGAUUUUUUGAAAACUUUACACCCAAGAAGGAUGACACAACUAUGACAAAGAUCAUCGGGAACUGCGUGUCGGUCCUGAUCUUGAGCUCUGCUUUGCCAGUGAUGUCCAGAACACUGGGAAUCACUAGAUUUGAUCUACUUGGAGACUUUGGAAGGUUUAAUUGGCUGGGAAAUUUCUAUAUCGUAUUAUCCUACAAUUUACUCUUUGCCAUUGUUACAACAUUGUGCUUGGUCAGAAAAUUCACCUCUGCUGUGCGAGAAGAACUCUUCAAGGCCCUAGGGCUUCACAAACUUCACCUGUCCAAUGCCUCUCGGGAUUCGGAAUCCACAAAGCCUUCCGCAAAUGGGCAUCAGAAAGCGCUUUGAGGCCACACGGGACGCCGCGGCUCAUGCACAGAGCCCAGCCUACUACAUCCGCCAAGAACUGCUGCUGACCUUAUUUUUUAAGUUUAACUUUUGGACAGACCUCACCCGAGAUUCUCAGAAGCCGGGCCCCAGUGGCUCACGCCUGUAAUCCUAGCUACUCAGGAGGCUGAGAUGUGAGGAUUGCGGUU